AUGCCAACUCACUAUUGCACUGCAACGAUAGGGUUGCGCGGGUCUAACUACACGAGGUCGUUUAGACGUAAACGUGAUGGCGCUCACGAAGUCAUGCUGGUUAAAGGGUGUAAACCCCAAGUGGCCAGUAAACAAGCAAAGAGCCAAGAAGAAUAUGAAGCGCUUCAGAGUUUCCUUAGGAGCAUUAGUUCUACUGCCACUCUACCUCCAUAUGUGAAAGGGGAAACGUAUUCAUCUUUCCGUGGUGUUUUCAACCAGUGUUUAAUAACCUGCGCAGUCCUCAUUUUGGCGGCGGGUGCAGGACAUCCCAUAGGAUUUUCGGCAGUUGCCUUACCUCAGUUACGGACAGAAAAUUCCUCUUUAAGAAUCAACGAUGAAAUGGGUUCAUGGAUAGCCAGUAUCCAUUCAGCGGCAACUCCAUUAGGAUCGAUGAUAUCAGGUCCUAUAAUGGAGGCGAUAGGCCGACGGAGGACUCUACAAGUUUCCACGCUUCCACUAAUAGUGGGUUGGAUAUUAAUAGGAACAGCCACUCAUCAUGCCCUGUUACUGCUAGGCCGAAUUGUAUGCGGCUUUGCUGUAGGCAUCCUUGCGGCACCGUCACAAGUGUACUUAGGAGAGAUCUCAGAACCACGACUGAGGGGAUUGCUUAUUGGCACUCCUUUCGUAGCUUAUUCGCUAGGGGUGCUCUACGUAUAUGCGCUUGGUGGGGCACUGUCAUGGCGGUCAGUGGCCCAUCUAUCAAUAGUGCUACCAGUUUUAGCAUUUGCUGCUCUAUGCUUUUCGCCAGAAAGUCCUACUUGGCUUGCUCGUCGAGGAAGAUUCCACGAAGCUAUGGCCGCAAUGGCUAGACUACGGGGAGAUCCUGACACAGCACAACGCGAACUUCAUGAAUUAAUAUCAGCACGGGAAAAAGAAAAAGCGAGGGGAGAAGAAAGCAUUCGUUUCCUAGCAACAGUUCUUAGGCCACCAGUUUUGAAACCUCUCCUCCUUAUAAAUGCUUUCAACAUGCUACAAAUUUUAUCUGGUAGCUAUGUCGUUAUAUUCUACGCAGUUGAUAUUGUUAAGGAUUCUGGAGGAUCGCUCAAUCCACAAAUGGCUGCAAACGCCAGUGCUUGUGUAAGACUCGCAGUUACGGUUCUUGCUUGCGUACUUCUACUGCGAGUCACUAGACGUUUCUUGGUAAUGGUUUCUGGAAUCGGCACUGCAGUUUGCACCCUCGCCCUGGCGAUCCUACUCAGCCAAGGACCAGGAACAGGCGUGACACCACCGAUCCUCAUCCUUGGAUACGUCGCCUUCAACACCCUAGGCUUCUUCCUGCUGCCAGGACUCAUGAUUGGGGAACUCCUGCCUACUAAAGUUCGCGGACUAUGUGGAGGAUAUAUUUUCUGCCUCUUUAACGCAGUGCUGUUUGGAUUCACAAAAUUAUAUCCAGUCAUGAAAAAUGGUAUCGGAAUGGCCGGAGUUUUCGGACUUUUUGGUGCAUCUUCUACUUUUGCCACUGUUGUCCUAUUUCUAUUACUGCCAGAAACCAAAGGCAAAUCGCUAAUCCAAAUAGAACAGUAUUACCAAAAACCCAAUAUAUUAUGGGUUACACGCAAGAGGACGACAAAUGCACAAAGUGUU